AUGUUUAAAAAAGUCACCCAAUCCAUAGCAAAUGAGAUGGAUCCAAGAGGAUGCCUGAUCCCAGUUCACAGCAUCUUUGACCAUGAACAUUUCAGACCCCUCUGUCUACUGACAAGGAAAAGGAAAGCCAUAUUCCACCGAUGUCCCCGCUACACAAGGACAUCAUACAGCCUGGAUGAUGUGAUGCUGCCCGGAGAAGACGGUAAAAGCAUAGAGUCCCUCCUUUUCAACGGAAACGAUCAAACUUCAGAGCAAUUUACCUUCAAAAAGCACACCAGUGACAAAGUUGAUGGGAAUCUCAACUUCCGUGUGGACCCUACGAGCGUAGAGCUGAUAGGAGCUGCCUCCUCGUCCCAAGAGUGGUGCAUCAGGGUGGAGAAGAACCAUGUGAAAGUACCAAAACUUAAUGAACUGAUAACAAAAAGAAAAGUGAACCUGAAACACCUCUUCAUUCAACAACUGAAGAGAACAGAACAAAAAUUAUACGUGAUUUAUGAAACAGCAGAAACCUCCGAGGAGACCAUCUGCGAGAAAACCACCGAGGCAGAAGGGAGCUUCACAACCCACAUUUACGCCAAGCUGUGCACAAAGGGUGGCAGAAAGAACAAAGCAAGCUUAACUAUUCCCAAGGGCUGCACCCUGGCCUUCAGGCCAAUCCAGCUGGUCAUCAUGGACGCAUCCUGGGGUCUUGAACACUUCCCAAAAAAAAAAUCAGCACUGGCAUCUGACGGUUCCCCAGAAGGAAAAUCAGAACCCGUGGAGAGAGAAGUUAGAGGGAAUUGUCAAAUUCUCUCCAAUUUGUCUUCUGAUCUGUUAGUCGUAAUUUUAAAAGCCAUCAAAGCUGUGAUGAGAGACAGGAUCCUCUUUCAAGAGCUGACCCAGCAAAUGGUAGCGGUUCUUGAUGGAACUGAUGGUUCUGAGCUGAAAACGGAAAGCCCAGACUUAAAGGACCUGUUGAGCCGCUUGCAGUCUUCUGAAAAGCACGUCAUCCUUCUGCUGGCAAGAGCAAUCACCUACGCUCUCGACGCCUUCGACGAGCUAGCGGAGGAUCAGCUGGUGCUACUACUGGAGGCCUUGGAGACGAAGAUCGUGCUCCAACAGCUUAAGCUGGUCAAGAGCAUCUUGGAACACAACCUAAAACACCCUAACAGGCGUUUCAGUGUGGAUGCCAGCUUGCUCUCCUUCUCCCAAGAGGAGGAACAAGAAUUAACCAUUGCAAUCGUUGAGAUGAGCGGAGUGAAGCUCCAGAAAGAUGGAUCUGCUGUCUGUAUGGAAGACGCCUUCCCGGCCGUAGCAGCCCUGUACGCGUCUCUGUACGUCCUCAACCUCCUAAGCAGCUCACCUGAG